AUGUAUUUUUAUCAGGACAGUUAUAUCUUUCAAUAUGGAAAGUUGGAACCUAAUUAUGAAUACACUAUUGGAGAUAAUUAUGAGUAUGUUUAUUUAAAAACAGAGGAAGGGUAUUUACAUAAAUGUUGGUUUAUAAAAGCAGAAGGACAAGAAAAAAAACCAGUAAUUCUGUAUUUUUUAGGAAGUGGAGGAAUUAUUGAAAAACAUAUUGAUGUAUUUAAUAAAAUGAUUGAAAACUUAAGUGUAGACAUAUUUUCAUGCUCCAACAGAGGAUCUGGUACAAAUGAAGGCAAACCAACAGAGAAAGAUCUUUAUAAAGAUGCUGAGAUAUAUCUAAAUUAUUUAAAAAAAGAAAAUAUACCACAUAUAUUUGUAUUCGGAAGUUCUAUGGGGGGGGCAGUAGCAAUUGAAAUGGCCCUUAGACAUCAAGAUUAUAUAACUGGAUUAAUUAUUCAAAAUACAUUUUUAAGUCUAAAAAAGCUCGCAAAAUACACCUAUCCCUUUUUAUAUUAUUGUCUAAUUAAUUAUAAUCUUAUCAUUAGAAGUAAAAUGGAUAAUGAAUCAAAAAUCAAGGAAAUUCAUAUUCCAACAUUAUUUAACAUAUCUCUAAAGGAUAAAGUUGUUCCUCCAUUUCAUUCUAAUUUACUUCAUGAGUUAUGUCCAUCUAUAUUUAAGUUUUUAUAUUUAUCACCAAAUGGAACACAUGCAAAUAUAACUAAAGAUGAUGAAGUUAAGUAUUAUGCAUCUUUUAAAGAGUUUGUCGAGUUUUCUGUUUUUUUAAAAGAAAGAAAUGAAGAAAAAAAAAAUGAGUUAUUAGAUAACUAA